UCCCUUCAGGUACCGGAUGGCCACAAUUCAGUCACCCAAAGCCUUCUCUUUUCUCUCCUUCCUUGCUGAAAUUCUAACACAGGCAAGGGGAUCCCUGGAGCUCCAACCCCCUCAUGGGGAAGAAUUUUUUCCUAAUCUCAAACCUGAAUUUCCUUCUUUCAGUUUGAACCCAAAUGAGCAGGACAACAUUUCCCUCGCAGGGGCUGGUUCGAGCUGUUGUUGCACAGGAUCUUUGAGCAGUGCUGAGGGUUGUCUGGGGCUAGAGCUGUUCCUGCCUGGCUAAUACUUUAUUUUUCCCCCACACCAGAGCCGGUGAGAAGGGGAAAACCCCCCAGCUCCCUCCUGCAGCCAUGGAAGGGGGUGUGCAGCUCCUCAACCGCGACGGGCACAGCAUCUCCCACAACUCCAAGCGCCACUAUCAUGAUGCCUUCGUGUGCAUGAACCGCAUGAGGCAGCGGGGGCUGCUCUGCGACAUCGUGCUCCAUGUGGGCACCAAGGAGAUCAAGGCCCACAAGGUGGUGCUGGCGUCGUGCAGCCCGUACUUCCACGCCAUGUUCACAAAUGAGAUGAGUGAGAGCCGCCAGACCCACGUGACGCUGCACGACAUCGACCCUCAGGCCCUGGAGCAGCUGGUGCAAUACGCCUACACCGCCGAGAUCGUGGUGGGAGAGGGGAACGUGCAGGUGCUGGACCUCAUUUCUAGUGACAGCCUCAAUGUGCCAUCGGAGGAGGAGGUGUACCGGGCUGUGCUCAGCUGGGUCAAACAUGAUGUGGACAGCAGGAGACAGCACGUCCCCAGGCUCAUGAAGUGCGUCCGGCUGCCCCUGCUGAGCCGGGACUUCCUCAUGAGCAAUGUGGACACGGAGCUGCUGGUGCGGCACCACUCGGAGUGCAAGGACCUGCUGAUCGAAGCCCUCAAGUACCACCUCAUGCCGGAGCAGAGGGGGGUCCUGAGCAACAGCCGGACGAGGCCGCGGCGCUGCGAGGGGGCCAGCACGGUGCUCUUCUCCGUGGGUGGAGGGAGCCUGUUUGCCAUCCACGGGGACUGUGAGGCCUACGACACGCGGACGGACCGGUGGCACAUGGUGGCCUCCAUGUCGACGCGCAGGGCCAGGGUGGGCGUCGCGGCCAUUGGGAACAAGCUCUACGCUGUGGGCGGCUAUGACGGGACCUCUGACUUGGCUACAGUGGAGUCCUAUGAUCCUGUCACCAAUUCCUGGCAACCUGAGGUGUCCAUGGGCACCAGGAGGAGCUGUCUGGGCGUAGCAGCACUUCAUGGGCUUCUCUAUGCUGCUGGGGGGUACGAUGGGGCCUCGUGCCUGAACAGCGCAGAGAGGUACGACCCUCUGACAGGCACCUGGACAUCCAUCGCUGCCAUGAGCACCAGGAGACGCUACGUCCGGGUGGCAACUCUAGAAGGCAACCUCUAUGCUGUUGGGGGAUAUGACAGCUCAUCCCACUUAGCCACGGUAGAGAAAUAUGAGCCCCAGAUCAACACCUGGACACCCAUCGCCAACAUGCUGAGCCGCCGGAGCAGCGCGGGGGUGGCCGUGCUGGAGGGGAUGCUCUACGUGGCUGGGGGCAACGAUGGCACCAGCUGCCUUAACUCUGUGGAGCGCUACAACCCCAAAACCAACACGUGGGAGAGCGUGGCACCCAUGAACAUCCGCAGGAGCACCCACGACCUGGUGGCCAUGGAUGGGUGGCUGUACGCCGUGGGUGGCAACGACGGGAGCUCCAGCCUCAACUCCAUCGAGAAGUACAACCCCCGCACCAACAAGUGGGUGGCAGCGUCCUGCAUGUUCACCCGCCGGAGCAGCGUGGGGGUGGCCGUGCUGGAACUCCUCAACUUCCCUCCCCCCUCCUCGCCCACCCUCUCGGUGUCUUCGACGAGCCUUUGACAAAGAAUCAGGACGUACCUUACCUCAAGGGGACAGGGGUGCCUGGCAGGGCUCUAGGCCGGCCCCGAGGGGCAGCCGGUCGCUGUAGGAGGGGAGCGAAGGUCCUGGUUGGUGCCUGCAGCCCCAGCACUCCUGUGAACCCCGGAGCUGUCCCCGCUCUUGGGGCGCCCAUCGGAUCAGCGCCACCACAGCAGUUAGAAAUGUGCUUCCUGGACGAGCACCCUCGGUCGGAGGGCGACGACGAGGCGGGUGCUCUCCGCUCCGCUCAGACUCAUCCCACCGCCCGCCCCAAGGGCUCAUAUCUCCUUUGGGGAGGGGAAACUCUAAACCAUUGCUGCUUCUUGGAUUCACGGGAUCCAGCCGGUGCCACACACGAGCACAGCCAGCCUUGGAGGCUUCCAGGAGCCCUGUGGGGUGGCCGAGGUGGGCAGCGCUCCUGCCAAGGACACGGCAAAUGUGCAACCACCGCUCCUCUGAAUGUCACUGUAGCCAAACUCUUUACCAAGCCUAUCGUGCACUGUUAAAGACUCUGAGGCCACUGUAUGGUUCUCAAUGGUGUCUCAUUGAUGCCUUAAAAUACACAAACAGAAGAAUCCCAGCUAAGGGACAGGGCCUGGAGGAGGUGAGGUUCGGAGGCAGAACUGGACGUAGCAUCCUGAACCCUCCAGUGUUUCCAUGCUCUGCUGGCCCCCACCUCAUCCCCCGAGAUCCUAGCUGGCCAUUGCUCUGGGGAGUCCCAAGCCAGGCAGAUGGGUUGGGUGACCUUGUUGGCAUCCAUGCCAUUGCUGUCCCAUGCUCAAAGGACUGGGUGGCUGCCUGCUCUCUGCACGUGGUCCUGGCUCAGACUGGAAAAGGAUCGGCCUGUUUGCUGUUCCCCUCUCUGCAAAGCAGAUUCUGGGUUUGUGGAGAGCUAUCAGUUCUUUAAAAAGAACAGUCCAGCCUUCUAAAUGAGGAGGAUUGCCUGGCAUUACUUCUUUUGGGUAUUAAUUUUUUGCCUUUUUUUAGUUGAAUGCUAAUAUUUUAGUUUUUAAUGACUUCAUAUCCCUUUGUUUUCUACGCUACCCUGGUAUUCCCCAUCCCAUCUGCUUCUAAGGCAGCAGAAGGGAUGCAAUUACUUUUCUCAUUUGUUGAGGAGACGAUGCCUGUGUCCUGGAAGACGUUCUCUAUGGAUGUGUGGGGUGUGUGCAUGUGUGAGAUACCAAAUGUGCAGCGAAAGCAGCACGGAAGGGACCAUUUGCAAUUAGCGACUCCCUGGCAAUUAAGCAACCCCUUUAAUUAACUGAAGGUUGAAUAAAUUAGUGCUGUAAGUCACAGGCCUAUCCUAGACCUACCUGUGCCACGGAGCCUCUGGGGUGGUGUUUUCAGUGCGUGUGCUGUGCGUGUGAGCCGUGAACUGAGGCACAGAUCAGGUGUUCUCUGCAUUACAGAGGAAUGACUCAACCACUGGUACCUCAAUAGUGUUCAAAUGUAGCACUGGAAUACAAUCUAACUGUUUGGAACUAAUUCCUUUAUCCCUUUUUCCCCCUGCUCCUUCUCGUUUCUCAUUCACAGAGUUCAGAUUACACUCGUGGUGGGGAUUUGUUGGCCUGAAUUUUCAAGUGACGAGAGGUUUCUUCUCUUUUUUUUGAGGGGGAGGUUGGGUGAAAGGAGAGUUUGAGAUGAAACAGGGACUCCCCAGCUUAAGACAAUUUUUUUUGCGGUCUGAUUUCUCCUGGACUGGUGCCUGCAUGUUUUGCAAGCCCACUGACAUGCUUUACAAGCCCACUCACAGUGCCUCAUGCUGGACACCUGAAAUUACCAGCAGCUUCUGAAAACCUGAGCUGCUUCCCUCCCCAACCAGUCCCCAAGGGGCAGCCUGGUCUUCUCAGUCUGAGGAGGCCUUUUUGGCUUUUAGAACAGACUCUAAAUUUGCUUUUUGUCCCCCUCUCACUUGCCCAGCCCGUCACAGCUCAGCAGCUCUCCUGUUCCUCUGUACUGCAGAGGGGUCUGUGAACGUCCAGGCUCUGUGCAGGUUGUCUCUUGGUCCGUGUGGGCUGCCCUCAGAAGGUCAGAUGAAUCUGCUUUGUAUGAAAACCCCAAUGAAAUCAGUGAAGUCUGCUCCGUUUAGUGCGUGUGCCCACACCUGAGCGAGGUUCAACCCUUUCCAUCCCAUUCCCAGAACCAACAUCAGGAUUUUACUCUUCUGCUGGGCUCGUAUCGACUCAAGGUGGCCCUGGCUCCAGGGUCCUCUUGGAAGGAGGAUCAGCCCAAAGGCCCCAUGGCGGUGUCAGAGGUGGAAGGUGCUGGUGCUGGGCUUGGCCUGACAUUCCAAGAUCCUGCUGAGAACUCAGCAGGAGUCAGGAAUGGCAAAAGGAGAGCGAAGCCCAGCCAGGCUGCUGGAGGGAGCAUGGCACGGCAAAGAGGGGCACUGCAGGGCCAGGGAGGAACUGCUGGAGGGGAAACACGGCUGAUUUCAAACAAGGAGUGAGUUGUUAUAGCAGUGGUUCAGCAUCUGGUCCAGCUGUGGCUGCUGUAGCAUGAAGGGGGGCUGCUGCCUUGGGAGCAAAACCAGAGGGGAAGCGAGAAAUGUAGCAGCUGAGGAGAAUUUUUCUGCCAUGUGCCCUUGGCCUCCAUACACUGAAAAUGGUGUGUGAUGCUGUCCUGCCUCCUGAGGAUCAGGGAAAGGGGCAGUGUGACUCCUGUCCCCCCCUGGUUGGGUCCUGAGCAAUAUCCCACUGAGCCUGUUCAGCAGAACCCUGGGGAGGAGGGAGCCUUUUGUGUCUCUGCUGUACUAACUAUGCAGGUGCUCACUGCUUUCCUGUGCAAGAGAGAGAAGGGAGGAAAGGGCAAAAUAGUUCCCCAGCAGCUUGUGGGGGUCCAGAGCACCCCGACCCACACUGUGUGGACACGAGGUGUCAGCAUCUGCCCUGGGAGAUGCCAGGGUGGAAUCGCUUCUGGUGCUGCACGUCCCUUGCUGAGGAGGAGGAGGAGGAG